AUGGAAACGGACCUGGCGUACGAGGUACUGGCGGACUAUUCGCUGCAAGAGACCCCAUUCUACGAGGCACCGACCCCAGUGGCAGCGGCUGGCCAGCAGCAACAGCAGCAGUCACAGCAGCAGUCCCAUCACCACCAAUCCCUAUCCGGGAUGGCGCUGGUGCCGACGGGAGUCCCAAAUCUCGACUCCAGCUCCCUAGCGCUCUCUGGCGGUGGCGUAGGGCUAGCGAGGCCCAAGAAAAUGAAGAAAUCCGUCAGCUUCCUUCCAUCCUUCGUGCAGGGCUGCGACACCGACACGGGGCCGAUCCAGCUGAAACAGGAGCCCCUGGACGAUGGGCCGAUACGCGGCAUGCAGAAGGUGCCCAGCCUCUCGGAUCUGUCCGAUCCCGAAGCAUCACUCGAUGCCCCCACGCAGAUGCCACCGUUGACGCCCGGCACGAACAAGAAGAUGACCGAGGUGCUGUACGCGUCGUUCGCGUCCUGGGAGAAGGAAGUGCAAACAUUCAAAAUCACCAAAGAUCCUCGGCAAUGGACGGCGGAGCACGUGCUGAUCUGGUUGAACUGGUCGAUCAAGGAGUUCUCGCUGGAGGGCGUCAACAAGGAACCGUUCCAGAAGAUGGGCGGCCGCGAAAUCGUCGGCCUCGGCCGGGAAGGCUUCCUGGCGAUCGCGCCCCCCUUCACCGGCGACAUCCUGUGGGAGCACCUGGAGAUACUGCAGAAAGAUUGCGAAAAGGCCCUCCUGGAGCACGGCCCGCCGGGAAGCGGCGGCCCGUACGAUGGCGGCUGCGGCACUGGAGGACCUGCCGGACCCGGAACCGGAGUUGGAGUUGGCGUUAACGAACUCAACGAGUACAACAGUGCCCUUCAGCGGUUAAGUGGCCAGCAGCAGCAGCAGCAGCAACAGGAAUUUGGCAGAGGCAAUAGCUCGAGCAAUAGCAACAGCAACAGCAACCAGAACACCCCUGCGUCCACCUCCAGCAGCACGACCGGGACCACCGGCGGCACGACGACACCCAACAGUGGCAGCACGACCACCACCAACACCAGCAACAACAACAACGGAGGUUACGGAUCACUGCAUGAUCGCAGCACCAACGACCGUUCGCCGCCACCGUCACUGAUCUCUUCGUCCAGUGGCGGCGCGAACGGCGGGAGUACCAACAGUACGUCGUCGUCCAUGGCGUCAUCCUACCUGUCGGCGCUCGGCUCCCGGGGAACGGGUGGCUACCACCAGCAGGCACCACCCGGAGUGGCCGGCGGAGUCGCCAUGAAGGAGGAACAGGAACCGAACAGUUUCAUCAACAUCGACGAUCUGCCGAAUUACGGUGUGGUGCCCGGGCACUAUGAGGACCAGGAUCAGUAUCACUCGUUGCCGGGCCCGGAAACGCAGACCUCCUCGCACGGUUACCUCGAAAACAGUCCCGAGUUCUACUCAGCCAUCCAGAUGGAGCAGAAGUACAUGGCGCCGCACUACAAGACGGGUCCGUUCACCAGCCGAGGCGGUCGCUACCACCAACCGCACCAUCACAGCAGUACCGGCGGUGGUGGUGGUGGUGGAGGAGGCGGUGGCGGAGGAGCAGGCUCCGGGAACCAGCAUCCGAGCAGUCAGCAACAGCAGCAACAGCAACAGCAGCAACAGCAGCAGCAGCAACACCAUCCACACCAGCAGCAUCCGCACCAUCACCCGCACCACCACCCAUCGCACCACCACCCGUCGCACCAUCAUCCGGCGAGUCACCACCAGGCGGCGGGUCACCACGGCGAGAGUGGCUACCCGGAGUAUGGGUCACCGUACGAUACGCCUCCCUUCCAGACGGUGCCGAGCAACACGACCUCACCGCAGGGCUCGGCAGCGUCCGGUGGUGGUGGCGGAGGGCCGGGCGCGCCCGGCAACAACAACAACAAUAACAACGGGGACCUGCUCGGCAGCCACGUGGUGGACCCGUGGAGCCUGCACCAUCCGGGCCAGCACCCGGGACACGGCGGCGGUCACCCGCUGCUGGACUUCCAGCACCCGGCCUACAUGGGCACGACGAUGGGCUUCGACAAGUCGAUGCUCGGCUCGUACGGCACGCAGGGCGGCACACCGUGCUUCACCGGGUCCGGCCCGAUCCAGCUGUGGCAGUUCCUGCUCGAGCUGCUCACCGACAAAACCUGCCAGAACUUCAUCUCCUGGACGGGCGACGAGUGGGAGUUUAAACUUACCGAUCCCGACGAGGUCGCUCGUCGGUGGGGCGUCCGCAAGAACAAACCAAAAAUGAACUACGAAAAGCUGAGUCGCGGUCUGCGGUACUACUACGAUAAGAACAUCAUCCACAAGACGGCCGGCAAGCGCUACGUGUAUCGCUUCGUAUGUGAUCUUCAGACCCUGUUAGGGUACUCCGCCAAACAGGUGCACGAAAUGGUUGAUCUCAAACCGGACAAAAAGGACGAUGAGUAGUGAUGCGGAGUGGUGGGGUGAACGAGGCCACAAACCGAGACCCGGACCACAGAAGAGAGGAGUAUUCCGACCGACGACUCCGCUCCCUUUCUUCCACACGAUCUACGGCCGCACCGAGAGGGGGCCGGCGGCGCGCGUUAGUUAGUUAUCCUUCACUCUUCUGGCAUGAGAUGUCUUAAAGAUGUCGUGUUUUAGCUCGUGUAAUAUGAUUAGAAAGCGAAAGGAGGAUGGCGGCGAUGUUUCGUUCAAGGUGCAAAACCACAGGUGAUGAGGAUGGCGCUCUAGCGGAGCUUUAGAGAUGUAUAGUGGCGGGUCUCGCUCGGAGGCGCGAAAGCAAUGAGAAAAACAUAGAUUUCCCACCAAAAACCAAGCGCGCGAAACUCACAAAUACCGAGGCCAACAGAGACACGAAGUAGUAGUCCUCAGCAGAGACACUGAUACGCUCCGUUCCUUAUUGAGUUCCCCUCGAACCCCCGAUACUUGCUUUUGGACGAACCCUCGU